CCCUGGGAGGAGCACUAUUUAAAGAGCUUGCCCUGGGCUGCCCCAGCCCUGCUGCAGCGAGGGAGCGUCCAGACCAUGGCACCAAGAAGAGCCCGGAAAAGAGCAGAAGGCGGAGCCAGCUCCAACGUCUUCUCCAUGUUUGAUCAGUCCCAGAUCCAGGAGUUUAAAGAGGCCUUCACCAUCAUGGACCAGAACAGGGACGGCUUCAUCGACAAGGAGGACCUGAGGGACACCUUUGCUGCUCUGGGCCGCAUCAACGUCAAGAACGAGGAGCUGGAGGCCAUGGUGAAGGAGGCUCCUGGGCCCAUCAACUUCACCGUCUUCCUGACCAUGUUUGGGGAGAAGCUGAAGGGCACAGACCCAGAGGAGACCAUUCUCCAUGCCUUCAAGGUGUUCGACACUGAGGGCAAAGGCUUCGUCAAGGCUGAUGUCAUCAAAGAGAAGCUCAUGACCCAGGCAGACCGGUUCAGUGAGGAGGAGAUCAAGCAGAUGUUUGCAGCUUUCCCGCCAGAUGUGUGCGGCAACCUGGACUACAGGAACCUGUGCUACGUCAUCACGCACGGUGAAGAGAAGGACUAGGAGCCCACGGUCUUCCCACAUUCAGAGUCAGCAAAUACUGGGGGGUGGGCACUGAUGGGGACCUCCUGCAGCCAGAGUGCGCAGGGAAAGGCUCCCCUGGUCUUAUGUGUCGGAACGAAGCAAGAAUAAAUCAUGCUA